GUGUUUGACCGCCGCCUGAUUUGUCUGGUGUUCACAUUCUCCUAAUAAACCACUAACGCUCCGCGUAAAGCUGUUUCAAAAUGAAACUAUAAUAUAUCACAAAAAAAUCUAUGCUUGAUAAUUUGGGAAAAAUCUAACUGACAAUAUGAUCAUACUUUGUAUAUAUUACUGCACUAACUCCAUAUACAUUAAUGUGUUGUGUGUUUUCACAGCUCUGCCCAAAGCUACUCUGACAGUAGAUCCAAACCCUGUGUUCACUGGAGAGAAAGUUACUCUGACCUGUUCAGUUCAGUCUGACAGUGACUGGACUAGAUAUGAUUGGUACAAAGACAACACAUUCAACCAUAAUAGACUUUCUCAGUAUAAUAGAACCACCCUGACUAUUAAUAGUGUUAAAGAGUCUGAAAAAGGCCUCUACUGGUGUCAGGGAAUCAGUAACUCAAGACCCACAUCUUCAUCCAUCAGUAAUCAGGUCACUAUAAGUGUGAAGGCACUGCCUAAUUCUACCCUGAGUGUAGAACCAACCUCUCCGUACACUGGAGAGAAAGUUACUCUGACCUGUUCUGUUGGAUCUGACAGUGACUGGAGAUAUAAAUGGUACAAUAACAGGAGUAUUAAUGCAGUAAAUCAGUCUGACAGACACUCUACAACAGGAGACACCCUCAUCAUCAGUAGAGUUGAAGAGUCUGACCAGGGUCUCUACUGGUGUCAGGGAGAGAGAGACUCCAGACCCACAUCUACAUCCAUCAGUAAUCAGGUCAAUAUAACUGUGAAGGCGAAACCCAAAUCUAUGCUGGCUCUGACUAUGAACGAUGACAAAGUUAGUUCAGACAAAGAGGACAUAUUAACAGGUGACAGAGUGACACUGACCUGCACUGUAGAGUCCUCUGGGUGGAGGUUUUACUGGUACAGAGACAGACCAGACUCUCCACCAGUAACCAUCACUGAAUCCACCUACACAUUUAACCCUGUCAGUGUCUCUGAUGGAGGACAGUACUGGUGUAGAGGAGGGAGAGGAGAACCUCCCUACUACACCCUGAACAGUGACCCAGUCAGGAUUACAGUUACUGAGAGACCAGUAGCUGUUCUGACCAUCCAACCCAACUGGACCCAGAUAUUCAUUGGAGAGACGGUCACUCUCAGAUGUGUCCUACUGGGGGGAGGAGACACUGACUGGCAGUAUGAGUGGUUUCACUAUCAGAACAUUAGUCAGACAGAACCUGAGUACAGAAUCAGUCCAGUCAGAACAUCCCAUAAUGGGUCAUAUAGAUGUAAGGGUGUAAAGGGAAGAAAGACCUCCAAUCACAGUAAUGUUGUACAACUGACUGUAUCUGUCAAACCCAAGCCUGUCCUGAGUGUCUCUCCUCAGUGGUUGAACCCUGGAGACUCAGUGACUCUUAGAUGUCAAGUUAAAGAGACGUCUACAGACUGGAGGUUCUUCUGGUACAGGAAUGUUCCUUCAGAUCGGUCCUACACUUUUAAGCACCUAUCUGAUGAUGGGACUACUGAACAAUAUUACACUCUGAGUCCUGCUGGUCGUAUUCACACAGGAGGAUAUGUGUGUAGAGCUGGGAGAGGAAACUCCUUCUAUUACACAGACUACAGUGCACCUCAGUUUCUCUGGUCAGGAGAUCUGCCGUCUGCAGUCUCUCUGACAGUAAAUCCUAACAGAACUCAGCAUUUUACAAGGACAUCUGUCUCACUAAGCUGUAAGAAGAAAGGAAACUCCACCGGAUGGAGACUGAUGAGAUACACAGACAGAGGAACAGAGUCAGGGUGUGUUUCAUACAGGGGAACAAUACAAGGGUCCACAUGUAACAUCAGAACCACUCUGAUUCAGGACAGUGGAGUGUACUGGUGUGAGUCUGGAUCAGGAGAGAACAGUAAUGCUGUCAACAUCACAGUGACUGAUGGUGAUGUGAUCCUGGAGAGUCCCGUCCAUCCAGUGACUGAAGGAGACACAGUGACUCUAGUCUGUAAACACAGAACAAACAUAUCAAACAUUAUUAAAGCUGAUUUCUACAAAGAUGGAGUUCUGAUCAGGAAUGAUACCACAGGAGAGAUGACCAUCCCUGUAGUAUCAAAGUCAGAUGAAGGCUUUUAUAAAUGUACAUCUAAUGAAGGAGAAUCACCAGGAAGCUGGGUGACAGUGAGAGUCUUAGAUGGAUCCUCUAUAUCAGUCCUAGUAGGAGUCGUUAUGCGUCUGGUUGUUGCUGGUUUUCUCCUGGUUGUUCUGCCGGUUCUUGUGUGUCUAUAUAAAAAACGCAAAGGUAACAUGAGACCUUCACUAUUUUGUCUUUUUGUAUGUUGGAGACAAGUUUCAAUCUAAAUAGUAAAAAACUGAACAAAAAUAAUAUAAAUGAUAUAACAGCUGCAUUUCUUAUUCCAGAUUCCUGGUGUAAUAGAACAUCCUUAUCUCCCCAGACCCAGAUUACCAACCAGGAUCCCCAGCAGGAUCUACUGCAGGAUGGUGGCGCUAACAUCUAUGACACAAUAAGUCCAUCAGACCACAAUGAUAGAGGUAUACUGUAAUGUUGUUGUACCAGUGUGUUGGAG